CUGCUGUUAGGCUACUCUGAGUGGUUAUUUCGAUCUUAAUUCUAUAUCUAGUGUUUUGGCUAUAGCCUAGGCUAUUUUGCGAGCAGACAUCACCAUGAACAACUUCACCGAAUUCACCACUUCAGCAGUGAAAGCCAUUGACGUAACUGAGAGUCUUGGUGUUCAGUGCAUCCUGCCGAUUAUGACUGACUUGGGUCAUAAGGGUCUUCUUGAUUCAGUCUUAAAGUCCAACCUAGACUAUGCCAUGAAAGCAGUAGAAGCCUUGCCCAUCUCUAAAAGGACAAAUGCACUGCUGGAUGUGUCAGGACAGAAGACGUUUGUCAGCAUCAGGACUGGAUUUCCUGAAUUGCACUAUACCGUGUGGAGUGACAGUGACGGUCCCAAACUGCUUCUGACAGUCACAACUAAGAACACAAAACUGACUACUAAAGACAUUGACAAGUCAUACUUUGCUGGACAUUGUUGCAGGGAUGAAUUGAAGAGUUGCAUGAAGCAGGCACAUGAAAUAGUUGCCUCCAAAGAAAAGAAAGGAGGCCUUUCCAACGUGGAGUUGAAGAUCAUGUGUGGAGAGCUGCGCCUUACCUUCAUUACACAGUCCCCAUCCACUACCAUUGAGGUCCGGCCUGAAUGGAGAGCAAAAAUUAAGAAUUACAAUCUGUUGGAUGUCCCGGGAGUGAUGAAUAAUAUGGAGAAGAGUGGGGAGAUGUCCCCAAGCAUGUUGGCCUGCUUCCAUUACUUUUUAAAAAACUACCGUAAAAAUGUGUGUACAGCAAGCAGUGCCCAUAUCUUGCUCAUGAGUGAAGGCCAAAAAGUUGAGCUUUUCUUCAAAGAUCAGUCAGGCUGGCAGGAUGGUACAAAUGACGUUGUUCUCCCUGAUAAUAUUGUUAUAUUUAUUGGUGCCAACAACUGUCCUGAGAUGAUUCAUGAUAGAAGACACUAUUAAUGUCUUAUGUUUAUUUGUUCGCUUUGCAGAGGACAAAACACAUUUAAAUC